AUGAAGGCGUCUCUUUCUCUCCUUGUGCUGACGGCGGCCAGCAUGGCGAGCGCCGCCAUGUCUUUCUCGGAGUGCGCACAAAUGUGCCUCAACAACAUGAAUAACAAGGCUGGCGAGCUGGGCUGCUCCAGCGGCGACAUGAACUGUCUCUGCACAAAAGCCAACUACGGAUAUGGUAUCCGUGAUUGCACUGCCGAGGCCUGUCCUGCCGACAAUGCCGCCGCUGUCCUAUCCAGUGCACUGUCCUCUUGCCCUAGUGACUCUGCAGCUGUCACUGCCACAGGAGCUAGCUCCGGUUCUGGCUCUGGCUCUGGCUCUGGCUCUGGUUCUGGCUCUGGCUCUGGCUCUGGCUCUGGCUCUGGCUCUGGCUCUGGCUCUGGCUCUGGCUCUGGCUCUGGUUCUGGCUCUGGCUCUGGUUCUGGCUCUGGCUCUAAUUCCGAAUCUUCUACCACCGCUACUAACACUGCUACCGGCAGCGGCAGCAACUCAACUGGUGCUGCUGGUGCUGGCGCUGGUGCCUCCUCCACUGGCACCAACCCUUCGGGAACUGGAGCUACUACCUCUGGAGCGAACCCCUCCAACACUGGUGCCACUACCACAGAUACGACAAUGACUACUACUACUACUACCAGCUCCUCUUCCACCUCUGGGAGUGGCACCUCCACUGGCAACGGUUCCUCCGGGACUGGAUCUGGUAGCGGCUCUGGCUCCACUUCCACUCAGACUGCCCCCUCCAACUCGUCCACUGGCAAUGUUGCCCCUCGCGGCGCCGUCGUUGGUUCCGGUGCCGUCGGAGCCCUGGCCCUCGCUGCCUUUGUUAUCCUCUAA